AUGAAUAUUUCUCAUCCUGUUUCUGCUGAAAGGGUUAAUACAAAAGAAAUAUUAUUUGAGUUAGUGAAGCGGAGGGAUGAUAAUAUUUACAGUAUUUUAGAACGGGAUAAGAAUUUGAUUAACUAUCAAGAUGAAAAUGGAAACAGCUUACUCCACUGGGCGGUUUUUUUAAACAGUACUUAUUUAACAUGCUACUUAUUAGAAAAUAGUAAAAAAAAAGAAAUAAAAAAUACGCUACGAAAUGAAUACAACCUUUACAUGAAAAAUGAGGGUGAAAAAAAGGAGUACAUAAAAUCUAGCAAUGGGCAAACACCCAUAUUUUGGGCUGUAUGUUCAAAUAACGUUUUUAUGAUUUAUUUAUUGAAAAAUUAUGGGUGCAAUUUAUAUGAAAACGAUAAUAAAGGUUAUAACUGCUUAACAGUCAGUGUCCAGUAUAAUUCCAUUUUGAGCUUUUUAUAUUUACUACAUCUUAACUUUACAAUAACACAUAAAGAUUUUAACAAUUGUUCUGUUCUUGACUGGGCUGCUUAUAACAACAACGUUUUUUUCCUUCGACUUUUUUCAAUUUUUGUGAAUGACUUUUACUCAACUAAUUUGACCGAACCCUCGUCUAUUCUCCACAAGGCUAUUAUUGGAAACGCUUAUGAAGCAGUUGUUUAUUUAACGCUUAACAGUCUCCAGAGUAUAUAUGACGUCGGAACAGAUGAUAGUAAAACUAUUAUCGAAUUCAUUGACGAAAACAAAGAUAAAGUAGAUCCAAGAAUUUAUAAUUUUCUUAAGUACAAAAAAAUACAACAGAUGUCCAAAAAAAAUAACAGAAAAAGAAUAAACUUCUUAUAUGAAUCCAAUGGAACAAUAGGCCUCUAUAAAAUUAAGAAAAAGAAAAACUUACCCCUCCUACAUAACAUACGCGAUAAGUACGCCCAGAAUAAAUUCCUUCUGUUAUACCCCUUUCUCGUUCUUUUAACUUAUCUUCAUUUUAACUUGGUCUAUUUCUUUUAUAUAAGAGUGCAGCUAGCAAAGAAGAGCAUAUUUUUAGAUGUAUUUCAUCCAUUACUAUUUAUAACUUACUAUUUCGUUGUAUCCAGUAAUCCAGGUUAUUUAGAGAAUACGCAAAGCGCUUUUUACAAAGGGAAAAAUGUGGAAGCGUGCGAAGGAAAAGCAUUACUCGAUGGUGCGGAACAAGGAGAUGGUGAUGUGGUACUAGUGCGGUGUCAAGAGAGACAAGCGCGAUUGGACAAAAAUGGUCAGCAUAAUAAAUCCAACCAUGCACAUAACAAAAAAAAAGAAAAAAAAAAAGGACAUAAUAACAAUGAGCAGGGGAAAAAUUGCUUUGCACAAAUGCCAAAUUUUAUUUUUGAAUAUAUUAUGAAAAACAUUGAAGAGGAGAUAAAAUUAUAUGAAAAGAAAAACAAAUUAAUUGAAUUUUGUAAAAAUGUUAAAUAUGGAAAUAUUGUAGACUUAAAAAAAGACUUAGAAAUAAAAUGGGAAGUGUGUGCAUUUGAAAUAUCAUCAUUUGAUAUUAAUAUGUUAUGUCCAACGUGUUUCCUUUUUAAAAAUAUAAGAACAAAGCAUUGUCGUUAUUGUGACAAGUGUAUAGAUAUAUUUGAUCAUCACUGUGUAUUUACAUUAAAUUGUAUGGGUAUAGAUAACUCAAGAAUAUUCCUAAGUUGGAUAGUAUCGAAUAUUUUAUUUUCAUUUUAUACUUUAUAUCUUUACAUUUGGUUUUUUAUAAAUUAUCCAAUAAAUUAUGAACAGUUCAUAUUUUAUGUUAAUCUUACUGUAAUUAUAUUAUCACUGCUGUUAAUAUAUUUUAUGGGAAGUGUUUUUAUACGGUCAGUUUUUAAUAUACUGGAAAAUAUAACAUCGAAUGAAAAAUUUAAAAUGUAUUCCUCCAAUAUAUUUUUCACUUAUCAUUUAAAAAUGGACAAAAAUAAUGAGCCCAUCAUUGUAAGGAAAUUUAAAAAUCCAUUUGACCAAGGCAUAUAUUUUAACGUACUACAUUUUUUAACAAAAUCGAAGGAAAAUCUGACCAAAAAAAAAGUGCAGUAUAUUCAAAUUGACGAAAGUGUUGGAAGUGGUCCUAUGCGAGCCUUUGUCGAAAAGUUGAAUGCAAAACUGAGUGAGUUACAAACAAAAAAAAAAAAGGUUAAGGAGUAUGCCCCUCUUGGGGGGGAAGCACGACGGCUGGUGGCUGUUCGGAAGGAAGGCAUUUGA